AUGAACGUCUUGCUCUCGCCGCAACCUCCGGUUUUCCCUCAUCAGCACGAAAACCAUCGUCUCUCCCCCCAGCGAUCCUUAUCACCCUUUCAUAACAUGGCCACCCGCAAGCGAAAAGCCGACGAAGAUGGCGAUGAGACCAUGUCUCCUCGGAGUUCGCCCACUAUCUCUUCCCGACCUCUCGCCCGCCCUUCGAAAAAGAUUCGUGCCAACGAAGUUAUUGGCCGACCCCUUGCUCUCCCUCGACUCCUUGAGACUCUCGAUACUGCCCAGCUGAGGACUGUCCUCGAGAGGAUAUGCGAAAGGCAUCCCGACAUUGGCCAUGAAGUUGAAACUGGGGCCCCUCGCCCGUCCGUUUCGUCGGUUGUUGAGGUUUUGCAGGGCUAUAUGGAAAAACUGAGUAACGCAGUUCCCUAUGGCGAGACGAGUCCCGAAUACACCUACUACCGAGUCAAGGAGCCCCUUGUGGCCUUGAUUGACGCACUCUCCGAUUUCACUCCCCAAUUUCUGCCCCCGAACGAGACUCAGCCCACCAAGUCGCUCGAGUUCUUGAACGAGGCCACCAACAUUAUUCACAAGCUCCCCGACUGGGAACCCCAGACGUAUCGACACCACAAGGAAAACGCAUACGAGGAGAUCUCCAAGGCCUGGGCUCUUGUUAUUAACGAGGCAGGCAAGAGGGCUGGAGGCAUCAACUUGCACAGUGGGGGAUGGGACCAGAUCUUGUCACGACACAACGAGCAAUCUGGCGGCCGGCUCGCUUACGCCAUCAAUGCCAUGACUACGAGUGUUGGCUGGUUGGACCCCAGCGCGAAUUCCGGACCAGCUGGUGCCUCUGACCCCAAUUCCAUCCUCAACCAGCUGAUGUCUGGUACGUACGGAGCACCUGUUCGGGUUGGACCUUGGUAG